GUAAAAUCAGUUCGUGAAUAACUUUCUUAGCAAUCCGACGCGCGGGAACUAGAGAAAUACAUUAUUAUGAAGCAAAUAAUCAAAUUUUGCAUUUUUGCACUGUGUGUUUGCAACGUCUUGGGAGAUACAUGCGUGGUGUCAGAUAUUCCACCGGACCCAAGGUCUAAAUGCUGCGGUCGACAUCUUGCUGCAGAACACGUGCGCCAUGGCAAGGGAGACGCAUCGCUGAACCAGUUUCCAUGGCUGGCACUAAUACAAGACUCAUCAAACAGGACGACGUGCACGGGAGUAUUAAUAAGUUCGAGGUUUAUCCUGACUGCAGCACAAUGCGGAAUGCAACAAAGGGAACCGACGAGCGUCCGAUUAGGAGAAUACAAUAAGACGAACACAGGCCCAGAUUGUAUCAUGGAACGCGGCACGAAAAAAUGCGCUGACCGAGUAAUGACAGUUCAGAUUGACUUCAUGGUAGCACAUCCUAACUUCUCAAGGCAAAGUAUUCGUGGAAAUGACAUUGCUUUGAUCAAACUGAAAGAUCCUGUUCCCUACACAGAAUUCGUGAGACCAAUUUGCUUGCCCACGUUUGACGUAAACACCUCACCCAGCAAGGAUUUGAGAUUUAUUGUCGCCGGUUGGGGAAGCAAGCCGUCGCACCUUCAAGAGGAUGAUGUUGUUAAACACUACGUAGAAAUUCCGCACAAAUCUUUACAGAGUUGCAAGGCGGCCUACGAAGGUCACGGAGUUCAUCGCAAAUUCCAGAUAACUCAAAACCAGAUUUGUGCCGGGGGUGAGAAAGACAAAGAUUCAUGCAGAGGUGAUGGGGGUGGUCCCCUAAUGUAUGAGAAGGACGGACAGCACACGUCCGUUGGAAUUGUAAGCUACGGCCCUUCCGUGUGCGGCAGUGUUGGUAUACCCAGCGUGUACACGAACGUCUACAAGUACCUACCAUGGAUCAACACUGUGAUUUAUUAUUAACAAUGAAAUCUGAUUACUGAAUUGAUUUAAUCUAAUCUCACCGCCUAUGAAAACAGUCUUGAAACAAUAACCCAGUCCUAAAGGACAUGGAAGUAAUGAAAAAUGCUAAAUCAUGAUUUCAUCGCUAUGUAAGUCUUAAAUUGGGACAGGGUUGAUAAACAACAACUAUCUAAGAGAAACUUAGUACGAUAAAUUAAACGCUGUCUUCCUUUCAACUAUAAAAAAUUAAAAAAGUAAUACAAUUUUACUGGCCGGUUACGAUACAUUUCCGAAGAUCUUCAGGAAAACCAAACCAUUAUUUAAGAUUUACUUUUCCCUACUAUGAUAUGAAUAUUAUUAAUUAUUGUUUGAACAGUAUAGUUAGUUUUGAAAGAAACCUUGGAGAUUAGCAAUCUUAAUGUCAUUUGAUAGAAAUAUUCAGGGGUUGCUUCUUUUAUCUCCAAUACAAAAGGUUUACAUGAGGGAUUUUAGUUGAGCAAAUUGUUGAUUCUUGGGUGUUGCGUCUCUGUGCAGAUUCUACCGCAUAUAUCACGGGGAGUGUUCAAAGGAAUUGAAAACAGCAGCCAAAUUCCACCAACGUCGAAAUGCGAAAUUCCACCCGGAUCAUGUUGACGUUUGCCGAUCUUCCACUUUUUGCAAGGAACUUGCAAACGGGCAAGGAACUUGUCUCCUAUAGCCACUUAGUGGAAUCAAUUACCAGCUGCACUUUUCCCGAACUUAUACGAGUUAGGGACCUUCAAGCUUAGAUCAUACUCCCACAGCUUAGACACCGGUGGUAUUGCGGAUCUCCAUUGGUGGUUGUCUCACCACUUACGAUUGCCUCCUCUUAUAUGAGACGGACCAAGUAAAAUCGCUCCAUGUGAACACUUUAUUAGAUGUUAAAUUUAAUGUACUGUAGGUUUAAGUUUCAUAAUACGGUCUCGAUCUAGUCUAGUAUGUAGUCAUAUAUGAACAUAGAGUGCUAGUUAGAUUUAAAUUAUUUAAUUAUAUAUUGUAAUAUAGGUUAUAAGUGCAAUUAAAUUUAACUGAACAAUA